ACCAGCAGCCGCUCCAGCCCUGCCGAAGUUUCACUUUUUGUCUGUGGGUUCGCUCCCGGGCCCCGCGCGAGCUUUCCUGGGAUAAGUAGCUUUAGCGAGCGGGGGAGAGCCGGCCGCUGCAAGGUGGGAACAUUGAGGAAACAGAACUGAAGACAGAAUCCAGUCACCUGAUUCCAGUUUAGUGCUUUCUCCGUUGUUCUACAGGGCACUCAUCGGAGGGAAGAUAUUUUUCCUCAGUUGGAAGAAAACUGCAAGGCCUGAUUCACUAUUUUUUCCUCCUGCUGGGAAGUUCAGGAUGAGACUCUUGGAGCCACAUUUAUUACUCAGUCCUAGAUUUUAGUGGCUCACAUGCAGAGAGCUGACCUCUACGCUGAUCAAGUGGUUGAAUUUUCAAGUGCUUCUGGAUUUCCACUCAAGUCUGAGACACUAGCAUUGCAGUUUGCUGAACCUUGUGUCCACUGAUCAUUCCAAGAGCUAGCUGUCCAAGAUUCAACAAUGUCUCACCCAUCUUGGCUGCCACCCAAAAGCUCUGCUGAACCCCUUGGCCAUGUGUCUGCACGGAUGGAGACCACCCAUUCCUUUGGGACCCCCAGCAUUUCAGUGUCCACACAACAACCACCGAAGAAGUUUGCCCCAGUCGUUGCUCCAAAGCCCAAGUACAACCCAUACAAGCAACCUGGCGGUGAAGGUGAUUUUCUUCCACCCCCGCCUCCACCUCUAGAUGAUUCCAGUGCUUCUCCAUCGGGCUCUGGGAACUUCCCUCCUCCACCUCCCCUUGAUGACAGUGCUUUCAGGGCACAGGGAAAUCCUGGAGGCAAGACCCUUGAGGAGAGACGCUCGAGCCUGGACGCUGAGAUCGACUCAUUGACUAGCAUCUUGGCUGACCUGGAGUGCAGCUCCCCCUACAAGCCUCGGCCUCCACAGAGCUCUACUAGCUCAACAACAGCUUCUCCUCCAGUUUCCACCCCUGUCACAGGACAUAAGAGAAUGGUCAUACCAAACCAGCCCCCUCUGACGGCAACGAAAAAGUCUACAUUGAAGCCACAGCCUGUACCCCAGGCUGGACCCAUCCCUGUGGCUCCAAUUGGAACGCUAAAACCCCAGCCUCAGCCCGUCCCAGCCUCCUACACUACGGCAUCUACCCCUUCAAGGCCUACCUUCAAUGUGCAGGUGAAGUCAGCCCAGCCCAGCUCUCAUUACAUGGCUGCCCCUUCACCAGGACAAUUUUAUGGCUCAGGGCCAGGGGCCCAGGGCUAUAACACUCAACCAGUUCCUAUCGCUGGGCAGGGUCCACCUCCUUCUACACGGGGAGGCAUGGAUUAUGCAUAUAUUCCACCACCAGGACUUCAGCCUGAGCCUGGGUAUGGGUAUGCCCCCAACCAAGGACGCUAUUAUGAACCCUAUUGUGCAGCGGGGCCUGGCUAUGGGGGCAAAAAUGACUCUGAUCCUGCCUAUGGUCAACAAGGUCACCCAAAUACCUGGAAGCGGGAACAAGUGUAUACUCCUUCUGGCACCGGGAACCAGAACCCUGCUGGGAUGUAUCCAGUUGCUGGUCCCAAGAAGACCUACAUCACAGACCCUGUUUCAGCCCCCUGUGCACCACCACUGCAACCAAAGAGUGGACAAACAGGAUCCAUGGGGCCUCCGGCUGUCCCCUCCUCAAUCCGCCCUGAAGAUGAGCUCGAGCAUCUGACCAAGAAGAUGCUGUAUGACAUGGAAAAUCCACCCGCCGAUGAAUACUUUGGCCGCUGUGCUCGCUGUGGGGAAAAUGUAGUAGGGGAAGGUACAGGAUGCACUGCGAUGGAUCAGGUCUUCCACGUGGAUUGUUUUACGUGCAUCGUCUGUAACAACAGGCUCCGAGGGCAGCCCUUCUAUGCGGUGGAGAAGAAAGCCUACUGUGAGCCCUGCUACAUCAACACCCUGGAGCAGUGCAGCGUGUGCUCCAAGCCCAUCAUGGAGCGGAUUCUCCGAGCCACUGGGAAGGCCUAUCAUCCUCACUGCUUUACCUGCGUGAUGUGCCACCGCAGCCUGGAUGGGAUCCCGUUCACCGUGGACGCUGGCGGCCUCAUCCACUGCAUCGAAGACUUCCACAAGAAGUUUGCCCCCCGCUGUUCUGUGUGCAAGGAACCUAUCAUGCCAGCCCCUGGCCAGGAAGAGACCGUCCGGAUUGUGGCUCUGGAUCGCGAUUUCCACGUUCACUGCUACCGGUGUGAGGAUUGUGGUGGUCUCCUGUCUGAAGGAGACAACCAAGGCUGCUACCCUUUGGAUGGACACAUCCUCUGCAAGACCUGCAACUCUUCCCGCAUCAGGGUGUUGACCGCCAAGGCUAGCACUGACCUUUAAAUCCAGUCACCUAUUUAGCGGUUAGUCGGUGGCCCUGAGAAGGAUGAAACACAAGAAAAAUAUAAGAAGCGAAAUAGAAAAAGAGAGGAAAGGCAGUCAAGCUAUGGGAUGGUCUCUACUUCAUCCACUACUAACCUUUCUUUAGAAACACAUAGAGUGUGAGAUUUUUUAAAGUUCUUACCAAAUACACAUUUCACAUUUAAUCAUGUAGGACCUUGAUGGGCCUUUGUUCCCAAGGACUUGCACAUUUUUGCACGGAUUAUACUCCAUCCCAUUCACUUCUGCAUUCCUUUAACUUUUAAUCCCUAUGUUUGUCUCACUUUUCAUCUGGUUGAAUGGCUUUUUUUAGUGUGGUAUUUGCUGUCACACAGUUUUUCCUGGGUGAGUCUGCCAACUCACAGGUGCUUUUAGGCUUGAAGGCUCCAUCCUAUCGCUUCCACAUUGCCAGUGAGCAUAAAAGAUAGCCAUUCUUUUUCUGUGUAUUGAAAAAUAGAUCUUUCUGUUGCUCUAAACUAGUCGUGUCCCUUGGGGAAAAAAAAUGCACAAUUAUAUGUCAGGCUAUAAAGAAUUUAAGCUGUAAAUUACAUAGGUUAAAAGAAGCCCACAUCGAAUUUGCAACCAUCCUAAUUCAAAAUCUAUAAUGACCAGUGUUUGGGACUCAUUUGAAAACAGAUACUGGUGAGAGAGAACCAAACUUCAAUAUUUUUCUAAAGAAAUUACGGAUAGGGUAUGCUGGAUAAAGCAUUUUGGGGUGAUAUUUGAAAAACUCAUUAUUACCCCAAAAUGUUAUCUUAAGACUUUCCUUUUCCAUGCUACCUGGACAUAAUAAUAUGGACAAACUUGGUUUUCUCUAGAAUAUAACAUUUCCAAUACUGUUCCACUUUUCAUGUCAGAAAUAUUGCCAUUUUUUUAAAAUAUCCAAACACAACUACCAAAAUUGACUUUUUCUCUAGAGGAAAAUAGCUAUAAAGAGCAGUUUAGAAUUUUUUUUUCCAGGCCCAGGUCCUUUUUGCCUGACAGUUGCAAAUCAGGGCACAUAAAAUUGUGUUAGUUUUGUGUAGUUUACUUUAAAAAGACAGGAAAGCUUGAAAAGAUUGUGAAACCACAGUUUCAUUAUUCUUAUAAUCCUUCUGCAACUCAAAUUACGUACUGCAGAAGACAUUUUCAUAUCAUCGAUGUGACAUUUACACCACACUUUCAAAGACAAUCACUGAAAAAAAAUUGCCUUUUUGAGCUAAAAAUAUGCAGAGUCUCUGCCUAGAAUCUUUAUUCAAACUCUUAUUGGGCAGGGAAAUGCUUGCUUGCCAGCUCCAGAACCGCAUCUACUUUAUUGCAUUUUAACACGUUUCUUUUAAGGAAGGACACUUCUCUUAGUAGCAGGUUACCGUUUUGUAAACUAAUUAAGUAUUUUGGAUUAAGAUUAGUUAAAGCUUUCUUCAAAUUUUCCACAAGUAUAUACUUUUAAAUUAUGAAGUAUUUUAAAUAUACACAAAAGUAUAAAUAAUAAUAUAAUGAAUCUCUGUGCCACCCAGUUUAAGAAAUCAAAUAUAACAAAUAUAGUUACAUUCCCCUGUAUACCCUUCCCUGAUUCCACAGAUAUUUUUUUCCUGAUUAGAAAGUGAUAAAGUUUUCUAGUCUGACUUUUGUUUUUAAUUUUUAAUUUUAACACUCAGAAAUGAAAAAUUGUUUGUGCAUGUUUUGAAUUGCAACCCAGGCCUCAAGGGUCCCAAUUAAAUUUAUUUUACUUUAGUAGGAAUAAUCAAUCAUAAAGGUGGUUGAUUUUUUUUUCUGUAAGAAAUUCUUAAGCUUAUAGCUCUUCUGAGUUAAUCUGUGGCUCAUUUGCUUUGGUCACCAAACGGUUUUGUUUUAGAACCACCACAGUUACAGCUUUUCAAAGGGUCCUUUGACCACUGUCCUUUCCUUACCUUGCUGCCCUUUUCCUUGAUCUCACAUUUCUCAUAAUGUGAAAUACAAGGGGUCCACUUCGGGCAGCAUGUGAAUUUUAGGAUACAAUGGCAACUGUAUCUCUGAAUUUCUGUCUUCCAAAUGAAAGGUCAGACCAUGCAGAUGAUCUCAAAGAAUACUGACUAUCAGACAAUUGAGGUGAUAAUGAUAAUAUAAUAAUAUAAUCUGCUUGAAUUGUUUCAGUAACUUGUUUUCUAUGAAAUACUUGGGGGGAAAUUGUCUUUUGGUCUAAAGCAAAGAGCCCAGUUUAUUGAGAGAGAGAUUUUAUCUCUUGAAGUGCAGUCCUAUUAGUAUGAAUUUUGCCAAAGGGGGGAGAAUUUAUGAAAUAUUUAUACUAUAAAAAUGCAAUAACAUUCUACUUGUUUGUUACAUUUAAGUCCUUAUGUAACUGAAUGUUUACAUGCAAAAAAAAAAAAAAAAGAGAGUUAUAAAAAAAUGCUUUCACAGGCCCCUCGCUGUGACAUUGCCAGAAUACUGCUUGCUUACAAUCUUUAUAGUGCAUUUUUAUCACAUAACCUCAGAGUAUCUUUACCAAAGAUUUUUAAAGUAAAUGUCUUUUUAAUAUAGACUUAUCAUACUUUUUUAAUAAUGAAUGUGCACACCUACAUAUAUAGACUAUUUAGAUUUAGAUUUUUUUUUCUUUCACAAGGUAUAAUAAGGAAAGGAUCCUAAAAUAUUUUAUUUCAGGAUUUCUUAAAUAUAUGAUUUAUAUUGCUUUCUUAUCUUCUAUUAAUCAUUUGGUGUCAGCAAUGCCAAAUCACUUUUUACUGUUUUAGCUACAUGAAAUUUUGCCUAUAACAGAGAUAUAAGGAUCUAGUACCUUAAGGAUUAUAAUUCUACUGUCUUUUGAUAUAUUGUCUUGAUUGUUAAUCAUUUAAAUACAUAAAUAAUAGAAGAGAAUCAUAGAGUCUAUAAGAGAAAGUUUGUAAAAAUAUACUAAAAAUACGCUGGCUUUAAAAAAAAUUGUCAAGAACACAAAUAUUUGGUAAUUUUAUGUAACAUGAGAGACAUGGAAAAGGAAAAAGAAACCCACUAUGUCUUGGGCUCUGCAGACCGUUUCACAAUUAGAUUUCUCCAUUGCCUGGAUCUCCAGCUCAUGGCGACUCAGUGUGGAGUCUCAUCUGCAAACAAAUCGGCCUUUAAAACUCAAAAAUAAGUCAUGUGUCCCAGCAAAGUGCAUCAAGACUUUGAGAUCCUGAACAUCUCUGCAGCUCAAAGAAGUGGGUUCUUUUUUCUUUCAUUAACAAAUUGUUUCUGUAAGAGCAACUUCUCUGAUCAAAAUUACUUCAUUGAGUGUAUGCUGAUUAAUACAGUGGAGAUAUCAACACUAUAAUUGUUUUCUCACUAUGAAAGAUUCUGCAGAGAUGUUUGUGAUGUUUCAAGCAUAUAAAACUCUCAAGUGUUUUAUAUUUGGGUCCCAGGGGGAAAAAAAGAGCAUUUUACCAUGGGGCUAUAGUAGAGGGUUUAUGGAAUAUAGACAGGACUCUGAAAACACAACUUCCAACAGUUUUCCUAGUUAGUAAAAAUCCUAUUAAUGUGAACCAGCCAGGAGUAACAGUGUUAUUUCUAUUUGAUAUGGUUUGGGCUUCUCUUGUCAAAUCUGUGUCGGCUGCCCCUUGAUCCCUCCAUUAUCAAGUUUUGCAGGGUGUUGGGGAAGUUAUGGCAGCUGCCAGGGAGAUCAGGGAAACACUGAUGUAACCUCACAGCCUCUCACCAUUCCUCUUGGCUUGGAAAGGCUUUUUUUCCAUAUACAUUUCUAGAAAUAUUGCUAUUCUACCUUAGUAUUUCACAUUUGUAGUUUAAACAAGCGAUUGUCCAUCUGUUGCCUAGAGCUACAGUACAUGUGUGUUAUGAAUGAAAUAUGACAGCAUGUUCCAUACCGUGCUUUAGCCAUCUGUGGGAAACCAGGAGGCUGGAAAAGAUAUACCUCUGCAAAAUGUGCCUCAAGUUCAUUUCCUGAAAUCGCUCUUUUGGUGCACUUUCAUGGGAGACAAUCAGAGAGCAACAUGUACUUGUGCCUUAUUUUUAAAGAAUCUUUACACUACUAUGAAUGCUCCACUGAAGAGUCUGUCACUUAAAUAACCAUCCCCAAAUCUCCAAGAUAUACUCAUCAAAAAGUCGAAAUCCAGAGAAAUCUGAACUCUUCAUCUUAAUGUAUUCUAACAGUAUUUCUGUUCUCGCCAUCUCUUAGAAGUACCUUACAGAUUCCUAAAUUAGGUAAACAUUCUUAUGCCACAAGGUGAUGUCUUGGGUGUUGUUAGUGACUAGGUGGUCUUACUUAGUGGUCUUACUCUCAUUUUAGUUAGAUAAUGAAGACAGACUUCCACUUGAGCCUUUAACACCUAUUCAGCAUGUCCACUUUUUUUUUAACUGCCACAAUUUUUUUGUUUGUUGUUUUUUUUUAAUUUAAUAGUGUACAGAACAAGUUGAGGAUCUUGGUUCUGAGUCAUUAUUAUGGUGCAGUCAUGAACAUUUCAGGUCAAGUUAUUUCCUUGACAGAUAACUUUUCUCAUGAAGCUGUUGUUUUGUUCACUUAUUAUUUCAACCUUUAAAAAGUGAUCUGAUUAAAGCUGUGUGGCGUGGUGAGAGUUCUUCCUCUCUCUCUCUCUCCCCCGCCCCUUGUCUCCCUUCUUAUUCCUUCCCAUUCCUACUCAUUAAUGUUAUCGUGCUUGGACUUUUCAUAAAUAAGUUAAAUCAAUGCAUUACAAUCCUUAUGGAAUUAUGAUCAUAUUAAGGGAAGAAUUGUACUGCAAAAUAUAUGUGUCAUCCAUAAAUUCUUUCUUUAAAAGUACCUAUUUUUCCAGAUUGUGUUUAUUCAUAAAGUGAGGUGAGAUAAUAGAGUCUUUCAGUUUUAUUUUAAUGAGUUUUCAUCAGGGACUCAGAUCACAGAGUUCUUGGCAAAUUCCUUUAUGACUGGCCUACUUUUCUCAGCUAUAGGCAAAGUGAUCUUUCUAAGACUAGGUUGAGAUUUUUUUUUUAAUCCAAAGCAUUUUGACCAACAAAACAAUCAUAUUUUUAAGUGGUGGCAUGUUAUUUUAGAUCAGUGAAACUUGAGAGUUUUCCUUAUGGCAGGGGAAAGCUAUUAUCCUUCUGGAAUUUUUAAACAUAUCAGCAUUUUUCCCAUGACAAUAAUAUUAAACCCUAAUACUUGAAUCACAGUAUUUUGCAGGGAGUAGGUCAGCAACAGAGUUUUUCCUGAAGCGCAGAUUACAGACCUGUAGUCUGUUUAUAAAAAGCAACCUGAGAAGAACAAUCUGGGUCUUUCAGUAAAACAUACUGUCUUAAAAUGAGUCAGAGAUUCUUUUGAACUCUGGCUAAUACCGAUCAAAACAUGCCUUCUGUGUCCACUUUUUAUAAAUUUGUUUAGAAAAAGCUUAUAAUUCUAGGACUGUAUUUCUAUUUUUGUUUUCUGCCCUUACUUCUGUUUUCUACAGGUUGACCUUGAUUUCCAUUUUUAGGAGGGUCACAUAUGAGGAAAGUAAAAGCAUAACUAAUACAUACAUAAUUAAUACACAAAUGAAUUUGCCGAGAAUUAAUGAUGGUCUCAGUGAAUGUGUUGUUUUGAUAAACAGGCAGAGGUUAUUGGGGGGGUUUUUUUGGUUUUUUUGGGUUUUUUUUUUUUUUACCUGUCUCCAAGAAGAGAGGGAUUUGGCGGGGAAGGAGGAAUUUGAGAGAAGGGGCAGGUCACAAUUUAAACAAUAAGAUUCUUGUACCGUGUAACUCAGAAUUUUCAUAGGGGUUUUAAGGAUUGGCAAUUGUAGUUUUUUAAACAAGUAAAAUAUUUAUAUUUCCAAGUUUAUGAGGUGUUUAAAAAUCACUAUGGCUAACAAUGUAUUUUUCCCUUGUCAGAAGAGAAUUAAAAUGGGAGCUGCUUCUCAGCCCCAUGGCAUGGCCAUAACUACACAAGACUUUUGUAAUACAUGUCAUUUCAUCCCUCUGUGAGAGGGCCAUAGCUCGUUCUCUUUGUGACAGAUGGCAAUGCAUAUUCUUACUUAGUCUUAGUUAAGCUGUACUACACCCUAAGCAUCUCUGAAGGUUAGAGGUUUCUAUUUUCACACAUUCAAUAUUUCAUCCCUUCCGAUGUACUUACUUGGUGAGCACAGUAGGCAGGGGUUGUUUUGGUCUGCGGGUCUCUUGUUCAAAUCCAGUCAUCCCCUUUCUGUAAUGCCCUGCCUAAACAGCUAUACUAGAAUUGAUUUGUACUGCUUUUCUCCUUUUUAGUUACAAGCACAGAAAACUAACUUUAGCUUACUAAGUUCAAAGAAGAAAUAUAAAAUGGCAUAUUUUUCCUUCAAUAUAGAAAGGAAAGACACUCCUUUACCUCUUUUAUUUUCCUGGACCCUGUGCAAAAAGUUGUAGACUCUAUAAUUUUGUUAUCCAACAUGCGUGUGGCUUAUUUUGUGGGAAGUUGUGUGGAAGAUGCAUUUUAUUAAACUCAUUGACUUUUCUCCCGUGAAGUUACAAAAAAAAAAAUUACUAAAAUCUUCGCUCUUUAUUCCUGAUUGUUACUUAAUUUACAGCAGUUUCUAACCACACGAAUAAAUAUCUCUUAUCCUAGCCCUUGUUAUAAGCACAGAUUUUGUAGGAUUCUACAAGCAAAAUGUUAUGUAUACUAGAAAGAUGAGGGAAACCAUAGCUAAUUCUUUUGUAAUACUUUAAGAUGGUUACAUUAAUCCUUCCCUACUGUGUGCUUGCUACUUUUUCCAGGAUACUUAUUCACUUAUGGGCAAGAGAAAACAUCAUUCAUCUAACUCUGUUAGACAUUUACCUAAUAGGCCCAAAUAGAAGUCUUAUUAAAUGACCCACAAAUGCAAUCAACUUGGUACUGAACAUAGCUUCUAAAUUCAGUGUUCAACCCCAGGAACAGAAUGAUCUACCAAGACUGAGACAGGUUUCAUUAUGUCAUCUUGUGUUCUACACCAGUGUAGAGGGCUAUAGCUGACCCCAAGCCCCAGUGCUAUUCCUAGACAAAUCAUGUGUCCUUUAAGGAUCUGAAUCUCCCAUUAUUUUCCUGACAAGUCUCCAUUUCACAUCUUCUUAGAGCUGGCUAGUAUGUAGUAGUAUUCAUGGCAGUCCCUUCUACCACUGGGGCAGCUUUUUUCUACAAAAGUUCUUCCGUGUUAAACAAAACUCUGGCUCUGGAGCUAUGCACAAGAAGUCUAAUGUGUAACAUCUAAAUCAUUGCCUCUAGGUCAGAUAUCACUAACUCUUUCAACUUUUCCUCAUUGAUUGACAUGGUAUCAAGUCCAAUCACCCUCUUGCUUCUCCUUUGAACAGUUGGACCCAACAGUAUUUUCUAAUUUUGUUUCAGUCCACUUGGUGAAAUGUAGCCAGCACUUUGGGUCAGGCUAGGUAAAAACACUUUCUUCAGGGUUGAAAGUAAGUGGAAUUGGAAUCAUCCAAAGGAAACUGAUAUUCGAUGUGGAAACUUCCCCCAAGGACUCAGACCCAGGAGAGUGAAAGCUUGAUGAGGAUAGAUCUCCCAUGUGUGCAAAACAGUCCUCUUACACUAUGUCCUUUACUGUUUUUGUUGUUACCAAAAAGGCAAAAGAGGAAGUGAGCUAGUUAGUAUAUAUGUCAUCCAUAAGACUGCCACUUCUUGGUCAAUGUUCAUAAAUUCUCUUCAACCCUUUCCCUUUGUUCUUGUCUCCUCAAGAAUAAGACAUUUCUUGUCCAUGUUCCCAUACUGAAUACACAAAAAGAGUCCUGGGCUCUUUAUAGGUUCCACAUAAAUAUUUCUGGCUGGUUGGGUUUUGAGAUUUGCUUUCAUUCUUCUGGGCUCAAAUGUUAGUACCUAUAGAUGUUGCACUCUAGACCAAGUGAGCAGCUUCUCUACUUGAUUAGUUAAGAACUACCCUUAGGAGUCCAUGUUUUCUCUAUACUUUUGUCUUUCUAACAUCUUUACCCCUUACUCAUCUCCUCAAUGUAAUAAUCACUUUAAGAGAAUCAGCCCCUAAGUAACUUUGAUUGAAGCUAACUGCAGUAAAAUCAAAUAGGUUCAGUCUGCACUCCAUAGGAAGGAAUAUAGCUUCAGGAAAAGUAAUUCUCCCCAGUGGUAUCAGUAAGGCUUCGUGGAAGAGUGAACUUUGUUAAGGAAUCUUGGUUCAUUGGCUUGAUUUAGAAGUUUAGAGAAGAAUACUGAUGGCACCAGAAACAAAAGGAAAGCAUAGGUUACGUUCAGAGAAGACCUUCUGCUUUAAGUAUCACAGAUUCUGGAAUGUCCUUCACAGGAGAAAACGCUUCCAGAUAUUCAAGGUCAGUGAGAAGGGAAAAGCGUAGAGCAAGAUUGAUUCAAUUUGCUUUUUCAUCUCUAUGUAAAUGUAAGAUGGGAUAAGUUGUCAAAUUAUAAUCCAACCCAUACAGUAUCAACAGGAAUCUUUUUUGAUAACAUACAAAAUGUACAUUUGCAUUGGCUCAUAGUUCUGUAAUCCACUCUUGCACCAAACACCCGUAUCUUUUGAGCCCACAAGGCAAUGAGCAGGACACCUCUAUUUUCCUAUUACUUCUAGGUCCACAAUUGGAAAGGACUCCACAUUCAUCUAUUCCACUUGGUGUUAAAAUUCCCUUAUAGAUUUCUUGCUAAGUCAUAAUCCAGACUCUGCUUAAGCAUCACCUGCAUCAAGGAGCUCAUUACUUCAUAAGCCCUUCCAUUUCCUCCAUCAUGCUUUGUUCCAAGCUCCCAGAACCAGCCUUUGGGGUUUAGGUGCUCCUUGGUGCCACACAAAAUUUAUCUUUAGUACAUAAUAAAAUGUCGCUCCCUCCCUCUGUUUUCCUUCCAAAUAUAUUUUGCUUUCGGCAACACAUUACCUUACAAAAAAUAAACUUUGAUUUUUUUUUUAGCUGAAGAUUAUGAAAACCUUUAAACAUCCUUAAAAACAGUCGUCUGACGGGUUUUCUAAGGGUUAGGUUUUAGAGUAUGAGUUUGGGGUUGCUGUUUUUGCUUUCUUAUUCAAAAGACAAACUGUUCUGACCGUUGUUACACAGCUUCAUGCCUUCCCCCAGUAACUAACCCAUGAAACCCUCUCCUGUUAUUCAUUCUGCUGAUACUGACCUUAAAAUGUUGGGAAAUGUCAGCGUAUGGUCUCCACUUCUAACAAGGAAAAUGUCAAAAGCAGAAAAUACUGGUUCUAUUGAAAUGCAUCACCUCUGGCCAGUUGUCCUGUGCGAAAGGAAGGAGGUUACAUUAUGUCAUGGUUUUACAUAGAAAUGUGUACCUUCUUUGCGUAUUGUCCCGAGUUACUAUUUAGUGUCAAUACCAUUCCUUGGUCUCUGGGAGGACAAGGCUUUCAGCCCUUCCACCCCAGCCUUAAAUUCCAGAGUCCUAUCGGCAGAACCUGUCAUCAGGCUCCUGGGCAGGACUUGGAGGUGGCUUUCUGAGCUCUGAAAUAAUAAUUCCUAAGAGAGCUUACAAACUGCUUUCACACAUAAAACAGCCCUGGGAGGAAGGUUAUUAAUAGCCCUAUCCUAGAAGAGAAAGCUGAGGCUCAGCACCGUUAAGUGACUUGCCAAAAGCGAUAGAGCUGGUAAGUGGUAGAUUUGGGGACAUACCCAGGUCUUGCAAGUGCAGUGCUCUCUCCAGUGGCCGCUCUCAGGGCACAAAAUACCUCAGAGCAUGCUGUAUGCUUCUCACAGACCACCGUGCCCCCAGUUUGAGGGCAUCCAAGGAAAUUCACAUAGGUUACUCAGCUAUCAGGUGGCAGAGCCAUGUGUGUACUGUGGUGUUUGAGGUCAUUUAGAGCUUGCAUGCAUUUUCUGUGUCAUCUUGUGGGAAACUACUAGGUAUUCUGAUUGGCAGUGUGAUGGAGCCGGUGAGGAAAGGCCACCGCUAAGAACAAGCACUGUGGCACUGAAGUACACUGCAGCAAAUUUCCCCAGAGACCGUGGUUUACUUUACAUUAACUGAAAAACUCUCUGGAACUGUGAGGUUCCAUUUAUCAACCAAGACCAUGUCAUUUAGAAUCCAGUGGCGUGCAGAAGUGACUUGACCCUUAGGACGAUUCUCCUGUGGGCUACGAUUUACACCCCACAGAGGCAGGAACUGCUGUAGGUAAACAAUGCAUAUUCUUCUCUCAGUUCACAUUUAUCGAGGCCCACCAAGUGUAUGUCACAGCAUCAGGCAUUUCCGAGCCAGCCAACCGACCUUGACCUUGAAAUGUCUGUGAACAAAUGCUAUGGGAUUGACUGCCGUUCUGCGACUUGGCUUUUGCUAUUUGAUAGCCUGGGCUUACCCAGCUGUGGUCGUUUUGUGAUUUGUGUGUACUUAUCAUGAGGCGUUUGGUACUAUGUUGUUUCCAGCAUACUUACUUGGAAGCCUGCGUGUAUAUUCUAGAACCUGCUGUACGUGGCAUUUCAGCAACUGGGCAUGCCUUCUCUUGAGCUGCAUCCCUCGGGAAGCUGUGCCUUUUGAUGUGUGCUCUUGGGUUUUUAGUUCCUCCCAUUUCUCAUUAUAGUUGUUUGGCUUUAAGUUAAAAUCUGUUCACUGAUUGAAAAAUAUCUUUCUUCAUCUGAGUUAAAUCUACUGCAGGGAACCUUUAAAAUGAGCUUAUCUAAUAAGCUUUCUAGGCAUUUUCCCUCCCUAGAGUCUGCCAUCCAUCAAGCUGGUCUCAUCAUCCCUCUGCUGAAUUCCCUGGGAUUAAUGAGGGCCAAGUUAAAUAACAAAUGGCCUCUCACCCCUUUCCGGUCUUCACACCUGGGAAAUACAUGCGGGGCCGGCGGGGCCAGCAGACGAGUCUCCUUGGCUGAGACGGCAACAUUUAGACACUGGAAAGGUGGCUGAUCUUGCUGUGCGGUUUGAUUAAUGUGAUGACUGAUAGAGUGGAAAAUGAUUUCUCGUAGAAUAACAGGCAUAACCCUCACUACAGGAGUGGGUAGCAGAAGCUACUGAGAACUUUUCAGAAUUAUCUGGGUGAGUACGCCUGAGCCGAGACUCACUUGGGUAGAAAUGGUGCUGUCUUAUUAGAGGGAAUAAAAGGACAGUGAAGCUGUGCAUAUGAAAAAGCAGCCCUUUAAAAAAAUCAAGGGAGCCACAAACUCUGGUUUAUCUUUACAUAAUGUAAAGGAAAUUAUGAAUGUAUUUUUUUCUUCCUCCACUGUACACAAUAUUACCCCCCAUACUUAGGGAAAAUACAAUUGUGUUGUCUUCAAAACGCUCAUCCAUGCACGUGCUUGCACACAGGCACACUCUCUCUCACACACACACACACGCAGACAUCUUCCAAGAAGGCUGAUCCUUCAAAAAGGAAAUCUUCUUUUAAAACACUUGGAUUUUUCGGGCCAAGAAACUAAUAAUUCCUAGACCUGACCCAUUUUAGUGACUGCCAAAAAAGAAAAGAAAAAGCUAUUUAAAUUUUGUACGCAUCCAUUUAUCUCUUAAAAUAUGCCAAAGCAAUUUGAGGUGAGGGUGGAGACUAAGGUAUUUAUCUCUGCAGCUUGAGGCUCUCUUUAUAUUUCUACCUGUUGGGAAAAGGGUAAGAACUAUUCUUGGGCGAUUAUUAUUUGAUGCAUUUGUGUUGCCACCUUGUACGAUGCCUGCUUUGCUUCCUACCGAGGCAUAAGAAUGAGUUGUUUUUUUGACUCCUUUUCCCCUAUCACGAGGGAGUACAUAUUAAAGCCUGAAUGUCUUCCCUCACCAAAUUAUUUCACUCCAUUUCUGAGCUAGUUUAGAAAGUGCACAAGGGGGAGAGCUAGCUUUUCCUGGAUAUAUGUCUCCAUUUUUCUUCUUUCUUGGGAGACAAAUAUAAAGGAAAAAAAUCCAGUUUCUUUUCAUCUCUCUUUCUCUUUGGGUGACAGUUGAUGAUCACUUAGUAAUUAUAAACCAGAAGUAGGCGAAUAGCUUAGCCAGGUUAUGAUGUAUCUGCCAACAUGCUUCAUUCCUUCAAACACAGACUUUGAGAGGAAAAGGGAUUUUAUCAUUUAAAUGCCAACAAUAGGAAUGGCCUCGUAUUUUAACUUUCAAACAGUAAAAGGUGAGUUGAUAUUUGGGCAGUGUUUGCAUUUUACUAACCCUAUAUGCCUUCUGCUUAGUUUUUAGAUGAAUGUCAUUACAUUAACAUAUCAGGGCGAAAUUGCCAAAAAGUGUUAAAGUGCCUUGGACCUUCCUCACUGGGUAGCAAGUUGAAACUGGGAUAAACCGUGCCAGCCUUCUUACUUAACUGAAAUACCUGAACUGAGGUGUAUCCUUGAUGAAAGAGAUUUAGGACCCUGGAAACUAAAUCUUGUCACCCACCAUUAGCUUCUAAUUAACUAGUUGCAAAAUCAUUUUUAAAUGACUUUCUUCCUUUUAGUGCCCAUUUUUUCUCUUGGGAAAGCUGAUGAGCAAAUUAUCCAAGAAUUAUUUCUUAUUAAACAAAAAGUCAGAAUAUUUCCCCCCCCAAAAAAUCUGAAGUAGUCUUCAUUAAUUUUCAGGAAACAUAUGAAAAAGCAAAUGGAAUUAAAGAUGGCAUCGAUUGUCUGAUUAUUUAGCAUGAAUAAAAUUAUGUGAUUUAAUGUGCCUUCAGCGAAAAUUUAAACUAAAUGCAAAACUUUUAACAGCAGGAUGCAGUAUUGAACUUUUGCCUUGUUAUCUAUGCAAUUAAUUACUUUUUUUGUUUUGUUUUGCCUUUUAAACUUCACCUUUAUCAUUCUUUAUCAUUAGUUAAACAGAUAUGGGGCUGUCUCUUUCUCUACUGGGAAUAUGUGCAGUUAUGAGAUGCACCCCCCAAAAAAGGAAGGGAAAACAAAGAACUUUCGGGUUGCAGAUCUGUGCCAUGAAGUAGACGUGACAUGAAGAUACAGAGCUGGAGGAUAGUAAUUUUCUCUGAGCCGUACACACCAGCUUUUAUUUCAUGGCUUUGUCACAGGCUUUUCUCCUUCUGUGCUGUCACCUUUGAGAAAAACGAUUGCACCUUCUCCAAGUCUGCCUUUUAACAGCUACAGUUGAGUUGGCAAGACUUCCCCAGCUCUGAAUAUAGCCAUUUGCCGACUCCGGCCUCUUUGCGAGACUGACUCAAAUCUGUGAUCUUCUGUUCAGCAUACACAUCAGCAAAGUGAGAAGAUGAGCACUAAAUAUAGGCUCUAUUAACUUUACUUUUAGAUUUACUGCCUUCAAAAAAGUGCCUAUUCUGAGAAACAUAGACGUUAUUCCUACAUAUGUAUGUACACACGGUACCCAGAGUCAUACCGUGCAGCCUUCAAAAACAUACCAUUGAAAGGAGUAGGUGCUAAGAUAAGGAAACCUUGCCAAAUGAAAGUCCCUCGUUUCCAAUAUCCCCUCCCAAGUGGCACCGUGAAACAGGCUGCAAGCACAUUCCCUGAGCAUUCCUUGCUGAUACAGCCACUUUAUAUUUUUAUCCUACUGGGUGGUGGCAUAUUGCUGAGGUUUCCUGUAUCUACUUCAAGGGAAUAUAUUAUGCUUUAUGGAAUUGGAACAUUUAGUCAGGAAAAAAAUUGUUUAA